AUGGCCUACCCAACCAGCCCCCAUGACCCCCUCGAGCUGCUGAACAAGCUCCCGGAAAAGUUCGAAGACGCGAGAAAGAGUGGACAGUUGUUGUUCUUCCCAAGCGAGGCCAAGGAUAUCUACAUCUCUGGAAAGAAGUUCAACAUCCGACUCUGUCCGGCUCUCCAAGACAAGUCCAAAGCCAAGUCGGACGCCCUCGCUGCUGUCAAAGCGGAGAGAGACGAUGGAUCUCCAGACAAAAAGAGGCCUAGGACUGCCGGGUCAUCCAAGAAUGACGAGGAGGGGCUGGAGGACAAGCAGAACGCACAAGAGCCGUUCAAGCCGCCCUAUGUGCCAGAGCUUUUCGUCGGGUCUUUGAAGGGAAUUGAUGGAGAAGAGGGGAUGUCUAUCUUGGUGAGUACUUACGCCGUCCUCCCCAACCACUUCCUCCUCUGCCCUCCUUCCUAUCAAGCUCAAGACCUCCCCCCUACCCCUCCCCAGCUUGCCACAGCUUACUCUCUCCUUCUUGCCGCUUCUCGAAACCCCAGCAACCCGGCCAACCUCCUCGCCUUCUACAACGGCGGCCCCGGUGCCGGCGCUUCUCAAUCCUGGCGUCAUAUCCAGUUCGUCAACGUCCCAAACGGCCGCGCUCCUGUGGAAGACUGGGUACAGAGCGUCAAUUUUGAAAGGCCUGACAGAGCCGUGAUCGUGCCCGACUUGCCAUACUUGCAUGUGGUGCAUCCCCUGCCCCCUGCUGGGUCUCUGCCUUACCCGUUGACAGAGGAGGCGGAGGAGAAUCUGGUGGAUGUGUUGGCGCUGGCGCUGAUGAAGCUCCUGGAUAUGGCAUUCGAUGCUGCCAGGCGCGGAGGGGGAAGGAAGGAUGGUGGAUGGAACUUGCUUCUCACUCUAAACCAUAUCCACCUCAUUCCCCGAAACCUCCCCUCCUAUCCCCUUCCAUCUCCUCAUCAGCCACUUGAACUGAACUCUCUCGGUUACGCCGGGCUCAUUCUCGUCCGCUCGCAAGAAGAGGAGGCGGCUCUCAUGUCUGCGGCGGAAGCCGAGGGAGGCGGCUUGGUGGGGUUGCUGGCCAAGUGUGGAGUGCCCAGGGAGACUGGAGAGAAGGUGCUGGAAGACGAGGCCGUGUUCCAAGGACAAGUGGAUGCGGGACUGAUUUAG